AUGUUGCCUGAAUUCUUUACAUCGAUCGUCAUUUCUACUUUGGAAUCGGGUAUAUGUCAUGGUUAUGUAACGGAUUGUAAAGGUCACACAUUGUUCGAUAGAGGCAUAAAAUAUUGUACUGGUCGUUGUUUGGUGUCGAAACGUGACAAUAUCCAAAACAAAAAUCCAUAUUGUCCUCAUAUGGUGGUUCGCAUGAAGAACCGUACUAACGAAGAUCAAACUAUCUCAAAGGUCAAUAAAAAUGGCUGCUUCGAAGUUAGUGGUAAUACCACCAGUUAUAAGUUUGCAGAAAUAAAGUGUCCUGAAAAGUUGCCAGGAGAUUGUAGAGAUCCUACUGCGGAUGAUUGGCGACAUUGA